AUGUACGCCCUGAUAUUAUACUGCCUAUUAGUGCUCGGGCAGCUGGCCGAGGCGGAAGUCAGGCCGAACCACUAUGAGCUCGUCACAGAUGGAAAUCCGCAGCAAGUAUUCUGGGAAGUCGGCACCCCCAAUGGAACCGAGGAGCUGUGGCCGGUGCCAAUUCGAAAGCUGCCCAGCUGCUCGAGACUGUUUGUCGGAAAGCUCAUCUAUGCCUCUACGCCGAAGUCGAAUUCCAGGCAGAUGAAGAAGAUUCUCUGCGAGAUCCUCCUUCGCAAGAAGGGCAAGAAAAUCACCAAACAAGUGGAAGACGCGCUCACCAGUGGACGCCAUUGGUGCCUCGAUACGGCAAGCCCGGCUAGACGUGGAUUGCUCCGAGGAUGGGACAACCCGCAAAACACCAAGAUUUUUGUGUGGCGGGACCCGGUUGAUAGAUUUGUGUCGAUGUAUGGACACGUGUGCGACAACCGGCAAAAACGGUGUGGGGCAGCCGGAGAAUCAAUUCACGUGGCUGCCAAGGCUUUCUACGAAUACCUUCAAUUUGGGAGGGCACCGGAAGGGGCGAAGACUCCCGAAUUCUUUGUGCAUCACAUUUCGCCGACUUCUUGGUCCUGCGGCAUCGGCGCGACACCCACAAAAAUUCAUCCUGUCGUCUACAACAAAGAUCCAGAAACCCUCAUCAAGCGCCUGAGAAAGCCGCUUGGGAAAACGGAAGCGCCGCGACAAUGGGUGGAAGCGGCCCUUAACCGGCUCCGAACUACAACGACGAACAAGCUGCGACUAGAGCCGGAUGGCCCGAUGAAAUAUGAUAACUGGAUCAGCGAGGUUAAAUCCAAUCGUACGACAAUGGCCUACGUCCUUGCCACCUACUACCACGACUAUCGACUCUGGAAAAUGCCGAUACCUUCGAUCGAUGGAAUC